CCUCUUCUCGACUCCCCUAGUCGUUCGCUGUGGCCGCGGCUUCUCGAACUCUACCCUCUAGCAGAGAAGCGCCCCUAAAAAGUCACCACAAAAAUCCGAAAUUAUUAUGUGAACCAGCAACGCGAACCUUCUUUUUUCUUUCGACUGUGUUAUUGAAGUAUUUUUCAGAUCCACAAGUGUACCGAUGUGGAAUUCGUACCGGUUUGGUAGGAACACAUCUCUGUCGUUGGGAUGUUGUGUGGAGAGUUCCACAGGGCUCCCAUAGGUUUACACUUGAAUAGCUCUUUCCUCUCGUACGGUCCCAGUCCUUAUUGCUCUCUGCUAACUCUGAUUCGUGGGAUGGCUGCUAUCACGGCACAAGCUGUCCACGACGACGAGGACAUUUUUCUUGAAAAUGGCCUCCUGAGUUACGAAAAUCCCAACUAUCAUCUGGGACCGUCAAGCCGUCUUGACGAUGCUCUAAACUCUAAUACGGAAAAUAUAUACGAAGACAUUUAUCAAGAACUCGACGAUAUCUGCAAUAUGGGUCACGGGGUGAAAGGACCCAUAACGAGCAAUGCUAGUAGGAAAACUUAUGCCGCUCUCGAUAUAGGAUCCAUGGGAGUGGACAUCAGUACGGGUCCUCUGACCCAGAACUAUGUUGAUAACAGAAGGGGUAAUGAAUGGAAUGGCAAUUCGAUGUCUGAUAAAGGCAAGAGUGAAAGUUCUACUGACUGGGAAAAUUUAUGUGAGAAGCGAGUGUUAGCAAAAGAGGAUAAUGGCAUCAAACACAUCGUUGGAAAUGUAACCAAUGACCUAUACGCUGUACCCAUGAAAAAAUGUAGCCCAAAAUCUCACGAUGAUUUAGAUAAAUUGAAUAGUCCAGAAAAAGAAUGGGACAGCCAGAACGAAUUGCCCCCUGGGUGGGAAAAGCAUGAAGAUAAUGAUGGUCCAUACUACUGGCACAUCAAAAGUGGAACUAUCCAGAGGGAAAUACCAGUCGUUGAAACUAAAAUAGAGAAGUCUGACUCGAAAUGCAAUUUCAAGGAGAACGAUCUAAUUUCGUCUUUCGAGAAUUGCAUGUCGGUUACUAGAAGUAGUACCAGUUCAGCGCUAGACUUGGAAAGCGACGACAGGAAAAGAAAGGAAGAUAUAGCUUUAAAGAGGAGGAGUUUUCCUUCGAAACCCGACCAAGAAGUAAAAGAACGUCCAAUCAGGUUCGCCGUCAGAUCACUCGGAUGGGUUGAGAUAUCCGAGGAAGAUCUGACUCCUGAACGUAGCAGUAAAGCUGUAAAUAAGUGCAUUGUAGAUCUGUCUCUAGGAAAGAACGACUUACUAGAUGUCGUCGGAAGAUGGGGCGAUGGCAAGGAUCUGUUUAUGGAUUUGGAUGAAGGUGCUCUCAAGUUGUUUGAUCCAGAGAAUUUGACUGUUUUGAAUACCCAGCCGAUUCACACGAUCAGAGUAUGGGGAGUGGGAAGAGAUAACGGAAGAGAAAGGGAUUUUGCUUACGUGGCAAGAGAUCGAAUGACACGCAAACACAUGUGCCACGUCUUCAGAUGCGACAUGCCCGCACGAACCAUCGCCAAUACUCUGAGGGAUAUUUGCAAGAAGAUAAUGAUAGAAAGGAGUUUGCAGCAGAACCUGGGAAAGGCCAUAGACAUAAAUGGAAAACCUCUCGCUACCAGACCAAAUAAUCUCCCAACCGAACACAGACGUCCUACUAGAAAUUCUCAAAUAUUUGCUUCUCAGUCAUUUCCGACGCCAAUGGAAGAACCAAAGAAAAUACUCCGAGCCCAGUAUCUUGGUAGCACGCAGGUCUCCAGUGCUACUGGCAUGGACAUUCUCAAUGAAUCUAUAGAGAGGCUCGUUUCUAGUGUACCCGUGGAACAGUGGCAGCCUGUUAAUAUAUCGAUAGCACCUUCUAUGAUAAGCAUUCAUCAUCCAAGUGACGACCGUCUCCUAGCAGAAUGUAGAGUUAGAUAUCUAUCUUUUCUUGGAAUAGGAAAAGUAAUAAAACACUGUGCUUUCAUCAUGCACACUGCACAGGACACUUUCGUGUCUCAUGUUUUUUAUUGUGAACCGUCUUCGGGCGCUUUAUGUAAAACUAUUGAAGCAGCUUGCAAGCUGAGGUAUCAGAAAUGCUUGGACGCACACCCUCAAGGAUUGGGUGGUAGUAAUACGAAUUUAAGCACGCCUGGCAGCAGUAUUGGAGCAGCUUUGAAAUCAAUUGUAGGGUCCCUUAGAGGUCGGAAGAGUAAAAGCGCGGAAUCCUGAGACCAGGGAAUAUCUCUGCAGGACUGUGGCAUAGAUCCUGUGGAGCGUGAAGUGAUCAGACACAGGCACUUGCAAUCACCCCUAACACCGAAGUAUUUUAGUACUAGUCUACCCUCGGCGGCUAACCUCGGCUCCCCUCCCUCUCCCGCGUCGGAAACGAGACGUACGCAUCUCUCCCGUCGGGAUUCUCUUAACUGAACCUCCAUCUCCUCUGUCUCCUCCUUCUCCUUUGAUUUACCCCUUUCGAUGUUUUCCUAUCUGACGAGCAAGUAGGUUAAGACUUAUGUAACUAAAUAUGAAAUUGUUGAACCGUUUCGAGGUUAGGUACGGUCGGAUCACGAAGUAUUCUGAAAAGUAAUCAGAGAAAACAUAAUAUUGAAGUGUUGGAUUUUUUGCUAAAUAUUUGUUUCAUUUUACUACUAAAAGUUGUUUAUUUUCACAUCAGUAAAUUCAAAAUUAUAUUUCAUAAAUGAGUUUCCUGCGAACAUUGAAUCAAAAUGUAUUGUUCAAUAUUGGUUCCACUCAAUCCUAUACAGUAUUGAAAACUUUUUGUAUUGUUCAUUACCGAUUAUUCCCGUUAAGUCAACAAAUAGAAAUGAAACCACGCCUACCACAGAUGCAAUAAAGCUGUUAGGUUAGGUCCAUAGUGAGUGGGUGUAUUCGACCCUCCACCGCAACCCGUAAGGGUUUAUUGUGACUCACACC